UGUAUUAUAUCAUUUUUACUGUACAAACAAUUAUUUUCCCAAUCAGCCAAAUUAUUUUGUUGAAAUUAUAUUUAACCAAGACAUUCCAUUUUAGUAUAUAUAUUUGAGUUAGAAUAUUAGAUAUUAUGAUCACUGUUGAGGAGAGAAUAUUGGUUAUUAUCACUGUAACUGUCAGAAUAUUGGUUAUUAUCACUGUAACUGACAGAAUAUUGGUUAUUAUCACUGUUAUUGAUAGAAUAUUGGUUAUUUUCAAAGAUACAAGCAGAAUAUUGGUUAUUAUCAUCGUUACCGACAGAAUAUUGGUUAUUAUCACUGUUACUGACAGAAUAUUGGUUAUUAUCACAGAUACAAACAGAAUAUUGGUUAUGACAGAAUAUUGGUUAUUAUCACAGAUACAAACAGAAUAUUGGUUAUUAUCACUGUUACUGACAGAAUAUUGGUUAUUAUCACUGUUACGGACAGAAUAUUGGUUAUUAUCACUGUUACUGACAGAAUAUUGGUUAUUAUCACUGUUACUGACAGAAUAUUGGUUAUUAUCACCAUUACCGAGAGAAUAUUGGUUAUUAUCACUAUUACCGACAGAAUAUUGGUUAUUAUCACUGUUACUGACAGAAUAUUGGUUAUUAUCACUAUUACCAACAGAUUAUUGGUUAUUUUCAAAUAUACAAGCAGAAUAUUGGUUAUUAUCAUCGUUACCGACAGAAUAUUGGUUAUUAUCACUGUUACUGACAGAAUAUUGGUUAUUAUCACAGAUACAAACAGAAUAUUGGUUAUUAUCACUGUUACUGACAGAAUAUUGGUUAUUAUCACUAUUACCGACAGAAUAUUGGUUAUUAUCACUGUUACUGACAGAAUAUUGGUUAUUAUCACUAUUACGGACAGAAUAUUGGUUAUUAUCACUAUUACGGACAGAAUAUUGGUUAUUAUCACUGUUACGGACAGAAUAUUGGUUAUUAUCAUCGUUACCGACAGAAUAUUGGUUAUUAUCACUGUUACUGACAGAAUAUUGGUUAUUAUCACUGUUACUGACAGAAUAUUGGUUAUUAUCACUGUUACUGACAGAAUAUUGGUUAUUAUCACUGUUACUGACAGAAUAUUGGUUAUUAUCACUGUUACUGACAGAAUAUUGGUUAAUAUCAUCGUUACCGACAGAAUAUUGGUUAUUAUCACUGUUACUGACAGAAUAUUGGUUAAUAUUUUUGUUACUGACAGAAUAUUGUUUGUCUAUAUAGGUUACUGACAGAAUAUUUGUUAUGAUCACAGAAACUGACAGAAUAUUAGUUAUGAUUAUUGUCAGAAUGUUGAUAAUCACUGUUAUACAGACAGUAUAUUGGUUUUUAUCAUGGGUACUGCUAGAAUAUUUGAUAUUGUCAUCAUUGACUAUCUAGAAAUUUGUUACUUUGUCUCCCUUUUGAAAUAAGACAGACAAUGGAUGUUGUAGAACAGAUUCUUCCAUUUCUUCUUUGCAUGGUCUUUAUUCUUAUUACAUGUACAACUUUUUUAACAUUGUCUGGGGCAAUUUUGCUUUUUUGUUACAAAAUUUAUCGGCAAAAUGUAUCACCCACAGAUCAAGCUUGCCCGGCUUAUAAAUUUUGAACUGUUAAAGAAAUAUAUUUAUAUACAUAUGUUUAGAUAAAUUACAGAUGAUUUCAAUUAAACAUGCAUGGAGUCACUUACCCAUAGUUCAAUAAAAGAGUCAUGUUAUUGUUCACAAACUAGUUAUCUGUAUAGCUUUGUUGAAAGAUCAGAUAUCAAUAGGCGAACAUCAGAUAUCACCGGGCAAUCGCCAGAUAUCACUGGGUGAUUGUCAGAUAUCACUGGGUGAUUGUCAGAUAUCACUGGGUGAUUGUCAGAUAUCACUGGGGUGAUUGUCAGAUAUCACUGGGGUGAUCGUCAGAUAUCACUGGGUGAUCAUCAGAUAUCACUGGAUGAUUGUAAGAUAUCACUGGGUGAUUGUCAGAUAUCACUGGGUGAUCAUCAGAUAUCACUGGGUGAUUGUCAGAUAUCACUGGGGAGAUCGUCAUAUAUCACUGGGUGAUCGUCAGAUAUCACUGGGUUAUUGUCAGAUAUCACUGGGUGAUUGUCAGAUAUCACUGGGUGAUCAUCAGAUAUCACUGGGUUAUUGUCAGAUAUCACUGGGUGAUUGUCAGAUAUCACUGGGUGAUCCUCACUUAUAGGGCUAAAUGUAUUUGUCAUUUACACAUGCAAUGAUCUGAAAAUUUAUUAAAAGAAAUUGUUCAAAAAA